AUGUCCCAUAAACAUUAUUCUCUCCAUCCAAAUUUUCUGACCAUUUUUACAACAAUAGCUACUCAGUUUAGAGGAUUGUUUCAGCAUGGGACAUCAGCACAGGACCUUCAGACAGACAAUUUAGAGUUUAUUCCAACUCAUAGUUCUGGUGUGCAGUGGGCUGAAGACAUCUAUAACUCACCAAGUGCUCCACUCAACGUUUCCCCAAACAACAAUCACUGCUGGGUAAAGCAGGAGCUACAUUGUCUCUGGAAGAUGUUUACCUCAUGGUUGCAGCCAGAAAAGCAGAGCAAGGAGCAGAUGACCAUUUCUCAAAUGGUCUUGAAGCAGUUUCUCCUCACUGAGCUCUACAAGGAUGAGUUUGCUUUGACAGAAAAGUGGAAAUCCAGUGGCAGAGACAUGAGAAGAUUCAUGGAGAGUCUGACUGAUGAGUGCUUGAAACCUCCUGUCAUGGUCCAUGUCUCCAUGCAAGGACAGGAAGGCCUCUUUUCUGAAAACAUGCCAUUAAAAGAAGUCAUCAAGCUUUUAAAACAGCAGCAAUCAGCCACAAGGCCAACACCAAGUAAUGCAAGGAUGCCAGUUGACAUUACACAAGAUAUAUUGUUGACCAGAGGACAAGAAAACAGUGAAAAUGAAUGUGAUUCUUCUUGGAAUUUUCCUGAAGUAAACACUGGUGAUAACUGUACUGGAAAUGAGAUGAACUCCCUUCUUAUUAUCCAGAAAGAACAGGACCCUGAGCAGGAAUAGAGAUGUGUGUUUUUUCAAUUCUCUCAGGGUAGAGGAAGAGCAAGUCAAGGCAACUCCAGUCAUCAUGUAAAGUUCCUGGGUGCUCCUACUACUGUUGAUGUCUCCAUGGAGCCAGAAUCAAUGGAUUUAUUCAGAACAGCCAACUCUAAUCAAGAAAGAUACUAUGGGGAUCCCAAACCCUACACCUGUGAACAAUGUCCUAGAAAGUUCAAAUAUGCCUGUCAUCUUUCAUCCUACUUGAGAACUCACCUGAAUAAGAGGGCAUUGUCCUCUGACACCUGUGGGAAAAUAUUCAAAGGAGUCUCUGACCUCUAAAUUCAUGAGAUCAUACACAUGCCAGAGAAGCCUUUCCUAUGCAGCACAUGCAAAAGGUCCUUCAGCCACAAGAUGAACCUGAAGGCUCAUGAGAGGAUUCACACAGGAGAAAAGCCUUAUGCCUGUUCCCUAUGUACCCUUAGCUUCCGCCAAUCAUCCACUUACCACCACAUGAGGAAUUACCACAAAUCUGACUGA